AUGGCCGAUAACGACUCAGUGGCUGGUGAUGGGUCCUUGCGGCGGCAGAUCAAUGAACGGGUCAUUAUAGUGCAGCUUCUGGUGUUGAUUUUCCUUUGCAUCAACUUGUCGCUCAUUGUAACCUUUUUUUCAAAGGUCUUCUUCUACACAACCAUGCGUUACAUCUUAUUUGCUGUUACACUGUUCUCUGAUAGCUUGAUAUUAUUAAUGUCUGAUAUCCUUGUCAUCUUGAGCUAUUUUCAUAUCACUAUGCAAUUUGGCUUGUGUGUCAUUAUCUACAUUCUUUUGGUUUUAUGCACUUUUGUCACACCAGUUACUCUGACAGCAAUGACCCUGGAGCGCUACGUGGCCAUUUGCAUGCCGCUUCGGCAUGGCGAGCUGUGCUCCACACACAGCAGUCUGCACUGUGUCCUCAUCAUUCAAAGCCUCAGCUGUGUACCAAUCACUGUCAUUCUCUCGAACUUCUUUGCAUCAGCCCCGCAUAGCUUAUAUACCGAAUACAGCAUGUGCUCCAUGGACCUGUUUGUCUUUCUCCAAUGGCAGGAUAAUGUUAAAUUAGCUGUAUAUCAGUGCUACUUCUUGAUCAUGUCUGUCAUCAUCAUUUUUUCCUACAUUGAAAUAUUGAAAGUGGCCAAAGCUGCAUCAGGAGAGGAUAAAAAGUCCACAAGGAAAGGGCUCAGAACAGUGGUUCUUCAUGGUUUCCAGCUGCUGCUCUGUCUCAUCCAGCUGUGGUGCCCAUUCAUUGAAACUAGUGUACUUCAGAUUAAUUUCAAGUUAUUUAUUAAUGUCAGGUACUUUAACUACAUAUUUUUUAUUCUUGCCCCAAGAUGUCUGAGUCCUCUCAUUUAUGGCCUCAGGGAUGAAAAGUUUUUUCUUGCACUGAAACACAAUGUCCCUUUUGAAUUUCACUUUGUAAAAAGUAAUGUGCAGAUUUCUUUCAUUUGA